AUGACAACUACCAAUCCCACCACGGAGCAAGCCUCCAAGAUACCUGUACUCCUACUGAAGACGAGAUCGAGACCUGGCGAUUCCUACGAAGAUCUUUUCUCAGAAUCUGAUGUUAAUGCAAGUGGUUUUGCGCCGCAGUUCGUGCCUGUUCUUCUGCACCAAUUUCACAGUGACGGCAUGAACGAAGUCGCAGCGCUACUUCGCGAUCGUCGCAUCGGAAACCAGAAACACCAUGAAUACGGCGGCUUAAUCUUUACAUCACAACGCGCCGUCGAAGCUUUUGUGAAGCUUGUCGAAGACGGAAAGGCCGAUGACAUUCCUAAACCCGAAGAGAAAACCUCAUGGCCUCAUCUACAGAACAUUCCUGUCUAUAGUGUCGGCCCCGCCACUACUCGCGCCCUCGCUGCUGUCCCUCAAGAACCUCCUCUUCAAGUCUUCGGUAGCCACACAGGCAACGGCGCAGCCCUUGCUCCUUUUAUCCUCGCCCACUACUACGAAUGGUACGGCGGUCAAAAACGUGCGACUCUCCCGCCUAUUCUAUUCCUCGUUGGAGAAACCCGUCGUGAUAUCAUCCCCAAAACGCUACAGGACGGCGCACUACCAGAUACAGAGCGCAUUCGUGUGACAGAGACGGUUGUUUACGGGACGGGCGUCAUGGAGAGCUUUCCGGUUGAUCUACGCAGGGUCCUCGGUGAAACACGCAAUGAUUCUAUGCGAUGGAUUGUGGUAUUUUCACCAACCGGAUGCGAUAGUAUGCUUCGAGUCAUGGGAAUCCUGGAUCCUGAGACCAAUAAGGUGUAUAAGGGCUACGAACGGGACGGCAAGACGUUCAUCGCGACCAUCGGACCUACGACAAGAGAUCACCUCCUGUCCUUUGGUUUCGAGCCUGAUGUGUGCGCCGAGUUACCGACACCUCAAGGAGUAUUGGAAGGUAUCCAGGCGUUCAUGGUCAAGAGACAGAGCUGA